GGGGCGCUGCAGUGGGUGAACAUGGCCAACGCUGUGGUUUCCUACGACCAUCUGGCCCUGCAGGUGGAGGUUCUCCGCAAGGAGAACUCCCACCUGCGGAGGGAGCUGGAGGACAACUCGCACCACCUGUGCAAACUGGAGACGGAGACGUUUGGCAUGAAGGAGAUGCUGAAGCAGCUGCAGAGCAAACUGGAGCAGGAAGCAGGAAACCUGGCGUCGUCCGGGAGAACCGACGUGCUGCACCAACUCAAAGAGCUCUACAUGGAUCUCACCAACUACUACGAACUCAAACACCAACCUCACAACCUGAGGCUUCUGGCUUCUGGCCUGGGCGGCGCGGGGAUGAGGGGCGGCGCCGGCGCCGGGCCGGCUUUGACUGGCAGCCUGGAUCUAGAGGAUCACUUGGCUCUGCCUUCGUCCUCCUGCUGCUCCUCCUCCUCCUCCUCUAUGGCGGCGGUGAACCGAGCCAGGAGCCCGCUCCGAGCGGCGCCUCGCCAAAGCCUGGUGUCCGGCGGGGAGACCGCCAUCAUGCUGCCUAACCACUUCCUGGAUGGAGCGCCGCCCCAGACGGCGGUGAUCUGCGAAGGAGACGGGCGGCUGAGCGACCAUCACUUCGAGGAGCUGUGCAAAGAGAGGAACUUUUUGCUGGGAGAAAUUGACCGGGAGGAGCGGGAACGCCUGGAGGUGCUCUCACAUACGUGUCACAGGCUGGCACAGCUGCCGCGCAUCGAUGAGAUUUCCCUUCAGUUAGAUCUAAUCCGACAGAAUCUGGAGGACAAAGUGCAUCGGUCUCUGAUGGCAGAGCGCUACUUAGCAAGCAACGAGAUGGUGCACAGGACUCAGAUGCGAGCAGCUCGUCUGGAGCAGCUGGAAAAAGAGCUGCAUGAGGCCAGAGGGGGUCAGGAGAGCCAGCUGCCGCUGUCUGGAGCKGAGAAGCCCCCUSCUGGAGAACUGGAGAACAGCGGYUCUUCAUCGGCUGCAGCCGCAGGASCUGAAGCUGCAGACGGAGGCAGCAAGGUGGAGAUGGUGUUCUGGCUGCUCUCCAUGCUGGCGAACAGGGACAAGGACGAGAUGUCCCGGACUCUCCUGGCCCUGUCCAGCUCUCAGGACAGCUGCAUCGCSAUGAGGAAGUCCGGCUGUGUCCCAUUGCUGGUUCAGAUCUUGCAUGAAGUUCCCGGUGGAGUUCCUGAUGGAGUUCCCGGGGAGACGRCAGGCGGCGCCGCCUCAACCGGCUGCAGCCGAGACACCAAAUCCAGAGCGAGCGCCGCCCUGCACAACAUCAUCUUCUCACAGCAGGACGAAGGCCAGGCCCACCGGGAGAUGAAGGUCCUGCACAUGCUGGAGCAGAUCCGGACCUACUGCGACAGCGGCUGGGACUGGCUYGAGAGUCAUGCCGUGACGCCUUCACCUGGAGGCACCAAAACGUCUGAUAUUCCUGAACCUGUGGACCCUCAGAUCUGUCAGGCCAUGUGUGCCAUCAUGAAGAUGUCCUUUGAAGAAGAGUACAGACGCGCCAUGAAUGAAUUAGGUUGUCUUCAGGUGGUGGCAGAUCUCAUCCACCUCGAACAGGAAAUGUAUGGCAUGCAGAACGACCCCAUCAACAUGGCUCUGCGCCGCUACGCUGGGAUGGGCCUCACCAACCUCACCUUUGGUGACGUCGUCAAUAAGGCCACCCUGUGUUCGAGGAAGAGCUGCCUCCAGGCUCUGGUGGCCCAGCUGUCCUCAGACAGCGAAGAGCUUCAUCAGGUGGUCUCCAGCAUCAUGAGGAACCUGUCCUGGAGGGCYGACAUCAGCACCAAGAGAGUUCUGAGAGACAUCAGCUGUGUGUCUGCACUCAUGACCUGUGCCCUGCAGGCAACCAAGGAGUCGACUCUGAAGAGUGUCCUCAGUGCUUUGUGGAACCUGUCAGCCCACAACAUUGAUAACAAAGUGGCGAUCUGUUCCGUCGACGGAUCUCUGGGUUUCCUGGUCAGCACACUGACAUACCGCUGUCAGACCAACUCACUCGCCAUCAUCGAAAGUGGAGGGGGAAUUCUCCGAAAUGUGUCGAGUCUGAUCGCCACGCGAGAGGACUACAGGCAAAUCCUGCGUGACCACAACUGUCUCCAGACUCUUCUGGCGCACCUGCGCUCUCACAGCUUGACCAUAGUGAGCAAUGCCUGCGGGACUCUMUGGAACCUUUCAGCCAGGAGUCCCAAAGACCAGGAGCUGCUGUGGGAUCUCGGGGCGGUUAGCAUGCUGCGCAACCUCAUCCACUCUAAGCACAAGAUGAUCGCCAUGGGCAGCGCUGCAGCUUUGAGGAACCUYCUCACCAAUCGACCUUUGAAAUACAAAGACACUGCGGUGCUAUCCCCUGGCUCUUGCGUGCCCUCCCUCUAUAUGAGGAAACAGAAAGCUUUUGAGGCUGAGCUGAAUGCCAAACACCUUGCUGAGACCUUUGACACUCUUGAGAAACAGAGUUCCAAGCAUUUGAGCUUCAACAAGCCUCUUAGGCACAUUGAGAGUCUGGCGAAGGAUUAUGCCUCUGAUUCUGGUUGCUUUGAUGAUGAUGAAGCCCCCAAUAACUCCAACAGCUUGGACACUGGCAGCUUCUCUAUGCUGCCAAUGUAUCUCACCAACUCCAACUUUGUGCAAAAUCAGCCCCAUAGGAGAGAUAAUGAACCUGAGAGAGAUACAGACUUGCCUCAGAUGGUUGAGAAGAAACAUGCUCCUGAUGAUGUGGUGUCUGCUGCMGCAGAGAAACUAGCAAAGAAGAUUACCAACACAGUGGCAAAAAUUGACAGACUAGUGGAUGACAUCACCAUGCACACUUCCUCUGAGGACAGUUUUAGCCUYAGCUCUGAGGACCACCUGGCAGACUGGCCUUAUGGACAGGAUGAGCUUAAUGAAGCCCGAGCAAAUUCAUGCUCCCCCUGCCGGCUGUCCGAUGUGAGCAGCUUAGCCUACAGAGAACGCCUCAGCAGAGCCCACGCCCUUCUACGCCUCAAAACCGCUCACACAAGUGUGUCAACAGACAGCCUGAACAGUGGCAGCACCAGUGACGGAUACUGUGGUAGCAAAGACCAGGUGCGGCCUGUUCCAAAGGCUCUAGCAAUCCAACAACGACCCAACCAACUUGACCUCAAAGUGGCUCAUCAGGAACAUCUCAAUGUAGGACAGAGCGUCCUGAGUCAGACUAACCAGCAGGAUAUUCCAGAGAGAGAUUCUGURGAUAAUAAAGUUAUAGACAAUGUGGAGCUCGGCAACACAGACAAGAACCAAGAACAACCAGUACAAACACCUGUYAGUGUGUCCACUAAAAUAUCCUCUGAUGUAAGCAUGACAUCGAUUAAACUUUCUCCUAGUUAUCAACAGGUCCCACUCAUCCAGAGUGUGGCAAAAUUUGGAGUCGCAAAGACGGCCAUCAAUGUUCAGGCYGCCCAAGCGAUGAGGAGGCAAGCAUGGGUACCCACUGUACUGACUGGUGGAAGUAUUACAAAAUUUGCUCCAAUGAAUUCCACCAGAAGUCCAACAGUGGGGACGAUGGAAACRGUCCAGAAAUACUCCGUGGAAAACACUCCAAUCUGCUUCUCACGWUGCAGUUCACUGUCCUCACUCUCUUCUGGUGACGGCGGGCUAGACGGACAGAGUGAGAAUGAGCUGGAGAGUGACUCGUCUUUAGAGAUAAUUGAGGUGGAUGAUGGCGAAGAAGUGAAGAAAGAGCAAGAAGAUGAAACUUUAGAGGAUCUGAGCGACAGUCAGCUGCUGAUGACAGACUCAAAAACCCUCCCCAUCAAAGAGAAAGACCCCAUUGAGAUAUCUCGUACUCCCAAAAAGGAUAAGGUGUUCCUUAGGGGUGCUUCACCUGCUAUAAAUGAAGACAGAUCGCCAUCAAGCUCUUCUGAGAACUAUAUCCAUGAUACACCCCUAGUUCUAAGCCGCUGUAGCUCUGUGAGUUCACUGGGCAGUUUUGAGUCUCCUUCUAUUGCCAGUUCAAUCCAAAGUGAUCCUUGCAGUGAGAUGAUUGACGGAACAAUAAGCCCCAGUGAUCUUCCAGACAGCCCAGGACAAACUAUGCCUCCUAGUCGCAGUAAAACCCCCUGCUGUGUCGAGUCGAAUGUACCAGAGACACAGACCACAGGGAUGCCAGGACAGUGGGAAAACAGCCUGCGGAAGUUCAUAGAGAUCACAGAUUCCAAGGAGAGGUUUAACCUUCCCGACCUGGAAACCAUGAUAUAUUUUACAGUUGAGAAACCCACAGAAAAUUUCUCUUGUGCUUCCAGCUUAAGUGCUUUGCCUCUGCACGAGCACUACAUCCAGAAAGACGUGGAGUUAAAAUUAACCCCACUACUCCAGCAAAAUGACGAGAAUCUCCCAUACCCCGAUGAAGAUGAGGAAGGAUUUGACAACGGUGAACGAUACAGCGAGGGAAACUCAGAAGAAGACAUAGAAAUUCUGAAGGAAUGUAUCAAUUCAGCGAUGCCAUCAAAGUUUAGAAAAGUAAGAUCAUCCCUGGUGACUGCCAUUCCCUCCAAUGUACUCAACUCCCACAUCCGAAAACCAAUACAACUACAAUUUAACAUGCUUCCAAAUGGAAAAACCCAAAUCUGUCCUAGAAGGAGAAAUAUAUACCCACAAAAAGACUUGAAGUUGGACGAUUCUUCCUUCACCGACUCUGCAGAGGGAACACCUGUUAACUUCUCUAGUACAACAUCUUUAAGUGAUGAAACUCUUCAGUAUCCCCUAAAGAACAGGGGGGCUAAAGACUGCACUGCUAAAGGCCUGAGCAAACAGGAAGUGAUGGACAAUGAUGCAAAGAGGAUUGAAGACUUGCGGAUAUUUUCACACUUCCACAAACCACAUGGGGCAGCCUACCCACCGGAGAUCCAAAUGAGCCGAACCACCAAACAUGUCAUUCCCACUCAGAAGUUGCUGAUGCAGAGCAAAGAGGUAGCUGACCGAGUAGCCAGCCUAAAAAAUCGGGAGCGAUCUCCAAAUCAACAGAGGAGGCAACAAGGUCAAGGCUCCUACAGGAAGUUUGACCUGCCAGUUAUAAAACAAAACAAAGAAAGUAACGUCAACUCCAGAACACAAAAAGAAAACAAAAUGUUUCGACAAAUGACACAUUCUUCAGAGGAUAGUAUCGAUUUCUAUGGUGACAACAAUGAAGAAGUAAUCAAACGAACAAGCAGAAAACAGAUGAAGGAGSCAGCUAGAAGCACUCUUUCCCGAAGCAUGACAAACAUAGGCAGGAUAGAUAACUCCCAAGGAAAGCCCAGAGGAUUUCUGAGAUUGAAACAAAAUCUUUUACGGGAUGAAUCCCUGGCAUGUUACUCACUCAGCUCCUCCGUCAGUUCACUUAGUGAUGCCGAAUUUGAGGAACAUAAAGCAAAAGCACAGCAAAUGUGGUACAAAAACAGACACAAUAAAACCCUCAAUAUGGCACAGCAGACAAAGGCUGUUACUUUGCACUGUCAGUAUGAAGAACAAAGCUCACCGAGCUCAGUGAGCAUGGACUCAGAGGAUGACCUCCUCCAGAAGUGCAUAACAUCUGCCAUGCCCAAGCAGAGGCGAAAAAUGGCUGCCAGGAAGAAAAAAACUGAAAAUACUUAUAAACAAAAGGACUCUGACAGAUGGGACAUGGAUGAAGAAAUGGAUAGCGACGACACGGGAUGGGAUAACGAUUCAGACCUCAACAGUGUUGAGUGGAGAGCCAUACAGGAAGGAGCUAACUGUGUUGUCACUGGACUGCAAGCCUCAAAAUCUCAAGAGCCAUCAUCUGAAGAGACAGAGUCAAUUCUGUCUUUCAUGUCUACAUCUAGCUUUACACCUAAAGAAAAGAAAUUUGCAAAAGAUAAAAAGGCUAAUAAGCCUUUAGACUUUGCACAACGCAAGCCAGUUCCCAACUUACCAGUUGUGUUUAGAGGCAGGACAGUGAUCUAUACACCACAGCAAGUGACRGCUCCAUCACAAAGACCUCCUCCCAGAAAAAUACCAAGCAAGACAGAUGCUCCAAAGAAUCCAAACCUUGCCCAACACAGGUCAAAGAGUCUCCACAGACUCGGCCAGCCCCAGGACGUGGAACUGUCUCUUCCAAAAAGGAGCUCUACUCCACCUCCAAGGAUACCAAAAAGCUCAUCCUCUGGAUCAUCACAGAGCUCCACACCAUCCAAGCAGUCACAKAAGAAAACAGUUUCCCCAACUCAGACAAGUAAACCAAUCCAGAAAAAGACUACCUCAUCAAGUAGUAGCUCACCAGCCAGUAGCCCCCCUGAAAGAAAAGGUCGUUCUCCUGUUCUUAAUAAAAAUGAGAAAUCUCCCCCACCAAAAACUCAGAAGUCACCUGUCCGGAUACCUUUUAUGCAGAAUUCAACCCGGCAGCACCGACCUUUGUCACCACUAGUAACUAACCAAACUUCACCCAAACAAAGUCAUCAGAUUAACGGGAAAAGAGUGUCACCAGCCAAUCGAUUUGACAUGGUCAGGAUGACGUCUGUCCAUUCAAGCAGUGGUGAAUCCGAUCGAAAUGGAUUCCUGAGGCAGCUGACUUUUAUUAAGGAAUCAAGGACACCAUUUAGACGUGAUGGCUCUCCUCACAAUACACCAAGAUCACAAAAUGGAUCCCCUCGAAGGGCAGCUCCUGGAGCUUCAGCUGUCUUCCUGUGCUCAUCACGCUGCCAGGAGCUAAAGGUAGCAGCGCAAACCCCAAAAAGGGUGCAGGUAAAAGAUUCUGGAAAAGUUCAGCAAGUCCAAAAGCCAAUCCCUGGCCUCCAAAAGCAGACCACCACUUUAUCAAGAGCAACAUCGAGCGAAAGAGAUCUAUCUGCAAGACGUCCAGCCCGUAGAACGAGUUCGGAAAGUCCUUGCAGAGUAGCCCAGCGAAGUGCGACCGGCAGAAUCGCUGGGGUGAGGCACCAACAAGAACAAGAUACCUUUAAGCGCCAUGCUUCAUCACCAAGCAUAAAUAUACUGAGUCGUGUUACCAGCCGUUCUUCGCUACGUUCAUCGUCCUCUGAUUCAAGUGGAAGAGCAAAAAGCGAGGAUGACACAAAGAAGAAAGGGCAGAGAUCCACAUCACGGCGUAAUACUGGAGUUACUUGGAGGAGAAUCAGGGAUGAAGAUGUACCUCAGAUAUUGAAAAGCACGCUGCCCGCCAAUGCGUUACCACUGGUGCCUUCUCCUGAUGGGGAGAAACUAAAACUACCCGCUCUACCAGGAAAACUGCCAACAAUAGUACUUGCAUCUCGCAAGACAACGGACGCAACAGUCCAGACAGAAGAUUUAUCCAAUGACAAGACUAACUCAAGUACUUCUCCAACACCUGAAACAGCUCCAGUGAUCUCUGAGGAAGAGGCCAGACUGGCUCUCCUUAGAAAAUUUACUGCUGCCUCUGGGAAUAACCAUCAGGAUGCAGAUUCAGAUGGUUCACUGAAGAGCCUCAGUACUACCGGAACAUCAGACAGCCACGUUGGCGGAGUUGUCACUUUCCGCCAGGGAUCCCGGAGCAAGGCUGCCAGAGUCACUCCAUUUAAUUACACCCCCAGCCCCAUGGCCUGCUGCCUGGAAGACCCGCAAAGCCAGACAGUGACAAUGACUGUAAAGGCUGGGGAAAAAAUUGAGCUGUAGAGUAUUUGGUGGAUACCAAUCAGCAUGAAUGACUGCAAACUUAAACUCAGCACCCUAUAUGGACACAAGUGUGCUAGUCCUAUACCUCGAAUAUUGACCCUUUCUYCUAUCCCAUUCAACCCCUUCAAAGUUUUCUCUCUGAACAACUGAUCAGAUCUUCCAUUUGUCAUUGCUAAAGUUGGAUGUAUGCAUGGAGACAGAGUGGCCUGAUUUGACCACCAAAAACUUCGUGAUGCCCUUCAGAGAACAUCUAUCCAGGAUAUCGCAUCUUUUUAUACUUUUUUGUAUUUGUAGAUUAAUCAUUGCCUGGUAGAAAUGUAGUCAAAGCAUAAAAGACAAUUAACUGUAUUCCAGCACAUAAAUCACAAACUGUCUCUUGGAAACAAUUGAAUUGAACAACAUUAUGCAACAUUUUCAAGAAACUGCUCAGUUGGACUUUUGGCAAAGAAGGCUCAAAUUGUGGUGGACUGGAGAUGACUGCAGAUUCUCACCACAUACACAAACAAACACAAUGACUUGUAAAGUCCUUUUUACGCACUAUAAAUCAAAGCUUUCGAUCCUUGCUUUACCACUUGACAACAAAGAUGCUUUCAAGACCAUUAGACUUAUGGAAGUCAUUUGUGAUGAGACAUUUCUUCAAAUAAAUGUAUCACUACUUCUAUUUGUAUGCAAGCUGCACACAGGUGGAUAUUACAAUGCUAUUCUCGUCUUAUGAAUUUGUGGAAUCAACCUUGUGUGCAGGCGACUUAACAUUGCCAUGGUUUUUAGAAACAAUAUAAACUUUAUAAAAGGAGGCAUAGUGCAUUGUGACAGGUUCAAAGGUGAUUUAAGAACAAUUACAACUUCUGUUUUUGAGGUAUAACAAAAUCUGCCCUAAUUUUAGAAUAGGUGCUGGCCUUAUAAAUACAAAGAGUUGGUUUAACAGUAUUGGCGUACAUUGACCUUAUGUCUUUGUAUUGCACAAUAGCUGUAUUUACCAGUCAUUUCAAAGUCUCAUUGCUGCUGGGAUCAAUAAUUAAACCUGAAACUCCAAAAUCUGAAUUCUGAUAUAGUAUGAUGUAGAGUAGCCAAUGCACAUCUCCUUAUUUCUGCUUAGACUGGACUUCGAAGAUGGCCAUUUUAAUUCAAAGUAGUUUCCUACCACAAAUGUUCUCAAUGCUGCAACAGUAGCAUCGGUUUCUGUUGCAUUCUACAAUCCUCUUUCUGAAUUAGUAUUGUACAUAACACAUCAGGUAUACAGAAACCCUCUGGUGAGUGUUUACCGCUGACAGCAUGCUCAUAUAUUCACUGUGUACACACAGAUGUAGACAUUGUUGGUACUGAAUAAUGCCAUGAUGUAAUUCAAAAGGAAGGAUUUUUCAGUCCAAUGCCAUCUGUGUUUUUGUGACGCAAAAACGUGUAACAAUGCAAACUGUGAAUUGAUGAACAAUGCAGCCACAUGCAUCUGUUAAUGCAUUGGGAUGUUUGAUUUUGCUGAUAUUCAGGUACUGUUUGCUAUUGAGUGAGUCAAGAAUAUGUUAUCAGUGGUGGUUUGGCUUUAAGCACAGGAGAAGGUACAAAGUUAAGACUGAACAGUAAGCAGAAACCUCUUAAGUUGGACAAUAUCAGACAUUUAAUUUGUCGUUUUUAGUCACCAGCCUCUGAAGUCAAAUGACUACCCCCUCUUGAAAUACUGCUUUCGAGAAACUCAGAUAACACAAAUGAAGUCAUGUUUGUAUAUCAAAUAACCAUUGUGUGUAUACUCUGCUGAGCUCUUUCCCUUGUGCCUGUUCUCCAUCUCACUCUGCAGUGCAUCAAUGCAGAAGCUUAAGUAAGCUACUUCAGGGUUCUCCAACCCGAGUCCUCAAGAGCUACUGUCCUGCAGGUUUUAGAUGCAAGUCUGCUCAAACACACCUGGAUCAAAUGAAUGGCUCUCUACCAGGGCUUUUCCAAACUUGAUGGCAUGUUGAAGAAGUAAUUCAAUUAUUUGAAUCCCUUGUGUUGCACCAAGGAUUCAUCCAAAAUCUCCAAAAGGACUUUGGUUGGAGACCUCUGAGCUAGCAUAUUUAGGCUAAUCACUCAUAUCAUCACUAAUCAUCACUAUACGUUCCCUAGGAUGGAUCUUGCCAUAAAUAGGCUUCCAGUUAGCAUAGCAAUGUUAGUAACUACCAUAUUUAAGCUAAUGACUCACUUACUACACACUCUGAAGGCUAAGCAUUGCCAUAAAUAGGCUUAUGGUUAGCAUACCAACACUAAUGACUUGCCUGUUUGGGCUCACAUUCCACAGUAUUACACAUUCCACAGGCUAAAAAACAUUUCCAUUAAUAUUAGCAUAUUAAUGCUACAGCUAGCAAAGGAUUCACUGGCUGACACUCUCCCUAGCAUUCAUGACCAGAAUGCUAAGGCUAAUGAAACAAUGAAAUGCACUCUCCUACAUUCUUUGUGUUGUGCGUGGGUAAAAUUCAGGGUGAAAGUGCGAAAUAAUGUGACUGACGUAAUCGUUUCUGAAUGUUUUCGGUUUGUGUUUAUGCGGACAUGAUUAGCGUUGUUUUGAAAAAGUUUCCGUCGUCAAACCUAUGCAUUUUUGUCUUUCCAAAACGCUGUUACCAUUCCACAGUAUUAGAACUACAACUAAUACUUUUCCUCUUUCAUGUGUGCUUGAAGAGGUCGAUGGAGUUGAUCCACAUUAAGGGGCUGUUACAACAAAACCACCAUGUCAACAAAAAGCCAAAAUGUAACAAAGUAUUUGCGUUUUACUGUCCUGAUGUUGUGUAAAGGGGUCAUCAGACUCACAUCAACUUGCAUCACAAUUAGCUGCCAAUUUGUAUUCUGAGGCUGAAACCUACAAAAUCUUCCACAGUUCAGGACACUGAAGCUACCAGUACAUCUUAUAACGGCUGCUGACUUUGUUAUGGUCUAACUUUGUACCUGCUGCAGGUCUUUUGGUGGUCUUCACUGGAGUUCUUUUCUGCAACUCUACAUGUUAAUAUCUGCUUAAAUGUGUUGCUGUAAAAGUAGCGAUAGGUGGUGAAGAUUAUAAAGACAAUGAAUAUUCUCUGUAGUUGUACUUUUCCUCUUUCAUGUGUGCUUGAAGAGGUCGAUGGAGUUAAUCUACAGUAAUGGGCUGUUAUAACAAAACCACCAUGUUUUACUUCUGUAGCAUUAAUUAAAAAGGCUGUGUAACCUACUUUUAUCCCCAACAGACCUUUAAAGACCUACAGGUUUUGUUAUUCUUAAAUCCUAUCUUAUCAGUGUCAAGAGUCAGCGUUUCUAGAAGUAAGAAUGUCUGCAUUACAAUUAUUAUUCUAACACAUCACAGGCAAAACAGCGCACACAAGUCUAGUUCUGUAUAACAAUAAUUUGGUGUAAAAUCUGGUUUAUAAACUAAAUAUCUUCUGCAGAUUGGAAAGGUAUGAAACCCAAGACAUUCAGUUGUUUUAGCGUAUAUUUUAAACAAUUUUCCAAUAGUAAGAUUGGUUGCCAUAGCAAUUUUAGGAACACAAAUCUGGCUUCUGCUCUUGCUUAAUUUCAGGCCAACAGAAAAAUCCUCAAAAUCUGAAAUAAUUUCCAAGCAACCAAAAUUCAUGUAGCUGUAGAUUUCAGAGUUACAUUUACCAGCUGCAGCUAAGCAGCCGGCAUUGAGAAGACAAUAAAGGCUGGAGAAUCAACUGUUCGGGUUCUUCUGACCUUUUCUUCACCAACACCAACGAGCGUCUCGUUCACACCUGGCCAUAGACCAGUUUGUAGCUGAGCUGCAUUAAAUUUCUCAGUCUUCACCUGAACUGGGUCUCAGAAGCAUCACAGUGCCAUGUUAAACAUGCAAAAAUAACAGAAGCGUGUUGUUAUAAAUGUCUUCAUUCCAAUAAAAAGUGAUGUGAUUCCUUAAA